AUGACAUUCACAGCGAAUGGAAAAGAGUUUGAAAUGAUGGGUCAUUUACAUUGUGAUGUUUUUAAUCAAGAUAAAUUUUUACUUAACGGAGUAGCAAUGAGAAUUUGUUUAGUUCGAUCAAAAAACACAUUUUGUCUUAUGAAUGGAAGUAAAAAUAACUACAUUGUCAAGAUUUUGGAGGCUAUGUUAAUAACGAGAAGAGUGAAAAUUAACCCGACUAUUUUAAUAGCUCAUGCAAGAACAUUGGGUCAAACAACUGCAAAGUAUCCGCUUACUAGAGUUGAAGUAAAAUCGUUUGUUUUAUCCAAAAGAAUACUUGGAAAUACUAUCGAUAAUGUGGUAUUGGGCCAAUUACCUAAAAGAAUAAUAGUUGGUUUUGUGGACAAUAGAGCAUACAACGGUUCCAAAACACAUAAUCCUUUCACUUUUCAAACUUUUUCAUUAAAUUAUCUUUGUUUAUACAUCGAUGGCCAACAAGUGUUGGGUAGGGCGCUACAGCCGGAAUUUGGUAAAGAUAGUUACUCUGAGGUAGAAGCAUAUAACACCUUAUUUAGUGGAACGGGUGUCCACUUCGGAAAUACGGGGUCAUGGAUCACACGCUUAGAUUAUCAAUAUGGAAGCACUCUUUAUGCUUUUGAUUUAACACUAGACCUAUCCGCAAAUUUGGCUUCUCAUUGGAAUUUAGUUAAAACGGAAGUCUUAGACUAG